CCACCCUCCCGACGACCGCCUCGCCGCCGCCUGACUUGUGCCUCGCCGCCUCCCGGCUGCCCGCGCCCGUCGCCCCAGGGGCCCGGGACCCGCGCUCGCGGCUCGCGCAGGGGCCAGCCGGGCAGGCUCCCGCCGCAGCCGUGUGCCGUGGCGGUGUGCCCACGCCGUGCGUCACGCAGGCCACAGGGGCGCCGUCACGCUACGCAGGACGCCGGACGCCGGCCGCCGGCUCACGGCCACCUAGGGGGCGGGGGUAGGGGCGCACGCGCACUGAGGUCUGAGCAAGAGCCAAGAAGCUAGUGAACCAAGGUGGUGACUCCCAAGACAAAUGGUAUCUUGCAAUAUGGUAUAACAAGGUGCCGAAAGUUGCUCCGGUGUGGAUAGCCAAUAGGGAGACGCCAAUCUCCAACCCUGCCUCAUCAGUGUUAACUAUCUGGACUGAUGGCAACUUGGUUCUUCUCAACAAGUCUAGAUCUGCAGUUUGGUCUAGCAACACCACAAUCACUGCUGGAGCCUCCAACACCACAGUGGUUGCUGUGCUCCUUAACACCGGCAACCUAGUUCUUGCAUAUGCAUCCAACACCUCCAAUAUGAUAUGGCAAAGCUUUGAUCACCCCAUCGACACCCAAAUUCCUGGCAUGAAGUUUGGACGGAACAAGGUCACAGGUGUGAGCAACUGCCAUGUCUCAUGGAGAAACCAUAUAGACCCAUCUCCAGGCAUCUUCUCAAUCACCAUGGACCCAAACGUAGAGGCACAAUUCUUGUUCAUAUGGAACAACUCUCGGACGUAUUUCACACCUGGGAAGUUCAACACCCAGACAGGCGCAUUUAGCGCCAUACCAGCAAUGACAGUUAUGUCUCAGCCACACUCGAUAUACUCAUAUGACUAUGUCAACAAUGACAAGGAGGAGUACUUCUUGCUCACCAUCAAAGACGAUAACAUCUUCCUCCGCACCCUGAUUGACCCAUCAGGCCAGCAAAAGGGGAUGGUAUGGCUGGAGGAGAAGCAAGACUGGGUGUUAUAUUUUGUGCAGCCCAGUUUGUGCUCCGUCUAUUCCUAUUGCGGGGCCUUCAGCUGGUGCGUCGCGGACAGUGUCCCUAUGUGCAGCUGCCUUAGGGGCUUCAGCCCGCAGAGCCCAACAGAGUGGAGCUCAGGAAACUACACUGGAGGGUGCACCAGGAAUGUUGCAUUGCCAUGCCGCUUGAGUGGUGGAGGCUCAACGCCAUCAAUGAGUAGUAGAGAUGAGGAGGAUAGAUUCUACAUGAUCAGCAAUGUGAGGUUAUUACCUGAUGGUGAUGGGUCACAUACCAUGCAAGCUGCAAGCAAAAGUGACUGUGAGGUAGCCUGCCUUAACAACUGUUCUUGCUUGGCUUACUCUUACAACGGCACCUGCUCUUUUUGGUACACUGAUUUGAUGAACUUGCAAGAAGAUCCAGACAACAAAGGGGAUAGUAUUUUCAUCCGGCUUCCUGCUUCUGAGAUCCCACGCAUCAAAUCUACUAGAGGGCGAACAAUUGGGGUUGUCACAGUAAUCUCUGCACUCGCACUGGGUGUAUGCAUUAUUGCUGUUUCACAUUUUCUUCGUAGGAGAAGAAGGAUCAAAGGUUUACAUAACAUUGGCGUGAACCUGAUAGCUUUCAAGUACAGAGACCUACAACUGAUGACCAAGAACUUUUCUGAUAAGCUAGGUGGAGGUUCAUUCGGCUCCGUGUUCAAAGGAGUCCUUCCGGAUGGCACUGUUGUGGCAAUCAAGAAGCUCGAAGGUGUUCGUCAAGGCGAGAAGGAGUUUCGAGCAGAGAUGAGUACACUUGGAAGAAUUCACCAUGUAAACCUGAUCCAACUGCUCGGGUUCUGCUCCGAGGGAGAGCACAGGCUGCUCGUCUAUGAGUACAUGCCACAUGGUUCACUGGAUGGGUGCCUGUUCAAGACUAGCUCUGAUGAUGAUGUCCUGUCCUGGAACAUGAGAUACCAAAUAGCCAUCGGAGUUGCCAAAGGGUUAACUUACCUGCACGACAAGUGCAUGGAUUGCAUCAUCCACUGUGAUAUCAAGCCACAAAAUAUUUUGCUGGAUGCAUCUUGCGCCCCUAAAGUGGCGGAUUUCGGGCUGGCAAAGCUGCUAGGCCGGGAUUUCAGCAGGGUCAUGACGACGAUGCGAGGAACCAUCGGGUACCUGGCACCCGAAUGGAUAAGCGGCACGGCCAUCACCGUGAAAGCCGAUGUGUACAGCUACGGGAUGAUGCUCUUUGAGAUCAUCUCGCGGAAAAGAAACACAGAGUUCGGGAAGCAGCACAUGGACAAGUUCUUCCCGGUGCUGGUUGCAGAGAAAAUUCAGGAAGGAGACGUGAAGGCGCUGUUGGAUGCUGACAUGAGAGGAGACGCCAACUUGGAGGAGCUCGAGAGGGCUUGCAAGGUUGCCUGUUGGUGUGUCCAGGCAGACGAGUCAUCGAGGCCGACCAUGGGAGCAGUUGUACAGAUGUUGGAGGGCCUUGUGCAGGUUAAUAUGCCGCCAGUUCCACGAUUCCUUCAGGUUCUUGAUGAGUAUGCAGGCCAAUCGACAGAUACUUGGACCGAAUUUUCAUCAAGCUCUUGUUGAGCAAUACAUGAGGACAUGAUUUUUUUCUUUGUGAUGUAAAUAAACCCUGUAAAAUGGUUUCCUGUAAAGUUUAGUGGAUUAUUUAUGCUUUGUUAAUUUAAAUCAGUCAUAUUUCUGCCGCUCAA